CGCUGUUUGUUUUCCCGUCCAUGUGUAGGCGAAUCACGUGUAGUGAACCGUUGGUCGUCAUGUAUCUGCUGUAGCAAAGCUCCGUGCAAGAUUUUGUUAUUUGCCUCCAGUUGUCGCUGCACUGUUUUGACAGCUGCUUGUUUUCUUUUCCCAUACAUUUUUACCGAAGAAUGAGCGAAAACGAUGACAUCGAAGUCGACAGCGAUGCAGACAAGCGAGCACAUCACAACGCGCUUGAGCGCAAACGCAGGGACCAUAUUAAAGACAGCUUUCACGGUUUACGAGAUUCUGUGCCAGCAUUACAAGGGGAGAAGAACUCUGUCAAACAGGCUUCCCGAGCACAGAUUCUAGACAAAGCCACUGAGUACAUCCAGUACAUGAGGCGAAAAAACCAUACCCACCAGCAAGACAUUGAUGACUUAAAGAAGCAGAACGCACUGUUGGAGCAGCAGGGUACCACUGCAGUACGUGCACUAGAGAAGGCCAAGGGGAACACCCAGCUCCAGACAAACUACUCUUCUGAUAGCAGCUUGUACACAAACCGUAAAGGGAGCGCGGUGUCCGCCUUCGACGGAGGGUCUGACUCCAGCUCUGAAUCAGAGCCAGACGAGCCGCCCAACAGAAAGAAGCUGCGCGUGGAGCCCAGCUAGACUCGGGUCCCCCCGGGUUCUCCAAACAGACUCUUUUUGCCCACCAGCCCCGACUCCUCUUACCUGUCCGCACUCAAUCCCGCCUACUUACACCAGUCCCAGAGACAAGGUGGAGACUGUGUGAGAGAGGUGUUAUUAUGUAUAAAAUGCUUCUACUUUCCUUUUUCCUCCUGGCAAGCAUCCUGUCACUCCUUUUGUGGCCCAGCAACAACUUUCAAGACCCCCAAAGUGAGGCAGCUCUGCAGUUUUGAAGGACUUUAUGCUUUUCAAACCUCAUGAUAACUAUUCCUAAUCAAAUGUGGAGAUGACAAGGUAUGAGGCUUUAGUAAAGCUACAUAAAAGUAAAAAAAAAAGAAAGUUUUUCUCUGUUGGAAUUGUGAGACUUUACAAGCUUUGACAAAAUUGUAAUUAGGGAUAGUUUACUUUUUAAUAUUCAUACUUUUCCAGAAAAGAAUGUGAAGUUGGUUUUGAAAAACAAACAAACAAACAAACAAGUAUGUUAUGCAAGAUGCAACCCUCUGUAUUCAGUGUAGGUGGCUGAAGUUUUUGUCUCUGAAAAUGUUUGUGUAUCAAAUGAAUCCCUCUAUUUAUAGUGAUGCAUCAAAAUUGAGUUCUUACCCUUACGUCUGAUCUCCUUUAUGUUUGGCUUGAGAUUUUCCAGAGAACACAGGAGGAUGAACAAGUUGACCUGCUGAUUUAGUGGAUUUUCCAUAGGUUCAACUGUUUAUUUUCCUCUAUUUUUUAUUAUUAUCAGAUAAACUGUGGGUAUAAAAAAAUCCCCUAAUACUGAAUGUUACACAAUGCAGUUAAAGGGCAGUGACCUUUUAUUUUUGUUAAUGGAAGUCCAUUUCAGUGUGUAGUAUAUAACACUGUAUACUCUUAAAUGGUGUCAGCUCUGCAAAGAAAAGCCUUCCCUUGAAAUAUUUGCCUGUGCAGGGAACGUUUAUCUUUCUUUUUUUUUUUCCUUUUUGCAGAGGUAAAUUAGUGUGUAUGUAAUCAAUAUUUGUUUGUUCCAUUCCAUGGAAAUUACAGGUAUGUUGUACAUACUGCCAACGGUUGUCUUGCAAGUUAAGGCAUACCUUUAUUAUGAGACUAUAAAUAAAACUAUUUUAUCCAUUUGGGAUGUA